UUUUGAGAAGUAAAUUGAGAAGUAUUGAAAAAUCAAUAGAUCGAAAACAUUUUUUUUAAGAUUGUGAUAUUAAGGAGAAUUAAAAAUGUAUAAUUACAAAAGAUUUGACAAUGAAUUGGAGUCACAAAAAUCAACAGUGCCAAAAAAGUCCUGUACUUUCUGGAUUAUUUUUUUUACUGUGCUUUUAUCAGUGGUUCUGAGUGCAGUCUAUGUUUUCUUGGUGGCUCCCAGAUAUUCAAAUGAAUUUGAAGCAUUCGUUCAAAAGGAGUGGACAAAAUUUAAGUCACAGCAUUCAAAAGAAUACAAAACUAAAACUGAAGAGCAACGCCGUAUAAGUAUUUUCAAAAAAAAUGUGGAAAAAAUCCACAAACAUAAUCAAGCCUAUGAAAAUGGGGACAUUGCGUAUAAACUCGGAAUAAACAAAUUUACCGAUUUGGAACAUAGUGAGUUUAAAAUGAUGAAAAAGAUUCAUUUUCAGCGAACAAAGUCACCAGAGAAAAUUGUGAACGACUUGCCAGCCAACUUUAUCGAGCCGGUCGAUAUUACCAUCCCAUCAUCGAUUAACUGGAGAGAGAAGGGUGCCGUAACAAACAUUAAAGAUCAAGAAGACUGUGGUUCAUGCUAUGCAUUUGCUGCGAUAGGAGCACUUGAGGGACAAUAUUUUCUCAAGACUGGACAAUUGGUAUCAUUGUCUGAACAAAAUAUUGUCGACUGCUCAUUUAAUGACGCUUGCGAUGGUGGUUUGGCAUAUCAAGCUUUUCAAUACAUCAAGGAAAAUGGUGGCAUUGAUACUGAAGCUUUUUAUCCCUACACAGCUGAAGAAGGUGAUUGCAAAUACAAUCCAUUAAACUCAAGCGCUACGGUUGAUGGAUACGUGAAAAUUCCUGAAGGCGACGAAAGAAAACUAGCAGAGGCAAUAGCCACUAUAGGCCCAAUCGCGGUUGAUAUUGAUGCAUCAGACCCAACAUUCCAACAUUACGAGGGAGGUAUUUAUCAACCUAAAUAUUGUGACACAAGUGACGAAUAUUUGCACCAUGCAGUUUUGGUUAUUGGUUAUGAUCAGGACUCUUAUUUAGUGAAAAAUUCAUGGGGCACCACGUGGGGUGAAAAUGGUUAUUUUAGAAUAGCUCGUAACAAAGAAAACCAAUGUGGCAUUGCAACAUCUGCCGUAUAUCCAAUCGUUUAAGCAUAUAUUAUAUUAACAAUCCAUUUUUGUAUUAGU